CAUCUCGGAGAUGAGUAGAACGGAUAGGGCGAAAAAGUGAACAUUUGCGUUUGAAACCAGCAGUGGUUUAGCUGCCGCUCACCUGCGAGGUGUUUUCCCCUUGCAUGGGUAAUGAAAGGCUGAAUCAACGUGGAGCUUGUUUGCUAAGAAAUGAAGGUAUAUGUUGCUUUAAGGUAACACCCGGGGGUUUGCCCCUUCAGGGCCUCCUGUGUUCCUGCAGCAGGUGCAAUUCGGCACAGGUUUAUGUGGGACGGUCCCGAGGAGGAGCGGGAGCCCGUGGUGAGGCUGACCCGCCGCGCACCCCGGACAGACAACAGGUCCCGCGGUGCUGAGUCCCCGCCUGAAACUUUGCACGCCGAAUUCUGACGGAUGGUAGCCGAGACAUUGAUCCUCCCUGGAAAAAGGCCUACAGGUGGCAACUGGGGAGCAUGGGCUUCUCACCCACUGCAGCACCACAAGUAACGUGCUGAGCAAUGUGGAGAGGGAUCUGCUCCGUGGAUAAUGCCUCCGGUGGUUCUGCACAGACGUAGAAUAAGGUCCAGCAGGAAGCAAGACUGAGGGAGCUGGAGAAGAAGGUUGCUCAGAGAAGGACAAGGGAUACAGUACGUUCAGCUGGGGGGGUUUGUCGGGAGCCGCGUACGCCCAGGAUGGAAAGGAUGAUGGGAACGUAAUUCAGUGGAUACCUUUGGAGCAGCAGUCGCUCUCUGGGCUGACAGAGGGACCAGAAAAAAUGGCUCUCUCUGUGUGACGCUGCAGCAACUCUGUGGAGUAUGAAGAAGGCUCAGAAGUCCAUAUCUGCCUGGAGUGAAGUGUGACAGAAAAUGGUCCAGCAGCUUUGUCUCUGGCAAUGGCUCUCCGUGGGGACUGCACUCACUGCUGUCCUGGCAGCUGCUCUGGCCCAGAAUGAUGAAGAUUGCAAGUUGGCCAGAACAGGUCCUCCAGCCACAAUAGUUCCCAUUGACGAGGAGAGUCGGAACGGCACUAUCCUGGUUGACAACAUGCUGAUCAAAGGGACAGCAGGAGGGCCUGACCCCACCAUUGAGCUCUCCUUGAAGGACAACGUGGAUUACUGGGUGAUCCUGGAUCCCAUCAAACAGACCCUGUACCUGAACAGCACCGGCCGGGUCCUGGACAGGGAUCCCCCGGUGUCCAUCCAGUCCAUCGUGGUGCAGGUGCAGUGUGUGAACAAGAAGGUUGGCACCAUCAUCAACCACGAGGUGCGGAUCGUGGUGAGGGACCGCAACGACAACUCCCCUCAGUUCCAGCAGCAGCGCUACUACGUGGCCGUGAACGAGUUAACUCCAGUUGGAACCACCAUCUUCACAGGAUUUUCUGGAAACAAUGGUGCUACUGACAUUGAUGAUGGUCCCAAUGGCCAGAUAGAAUAUGUCAUCCAGUACAAUCCUAAUGACAAGGCUUCCAACAGGACCUUUGAUAUUCCUCUCACUUUGUCCGGAGCAGUAGUUCUACGGGAAAGACUAAAUUAUGAAGAAAAGACUCGUUAUUUUGUCAUUGUUCAAGCAAAUGACCGAGCCCAAAAUCUGAAUGAGAGAAGGACAAGUACAACCACCCUGACAGUGGAUGUGCUGGAUGGGGACGAUUUGGGACCAAUGUUUCUCCCCUGUGUCCUGGUGAACAACACCCGUGACUGCAGACCCCUCACCUACCAAGCCAGCCUGCCUGAACUCACUGAUCCUGCACGUGUGAAUCCCAUCAGUGUCACUCCACCCAUCCAAGCCAUAGAUCAGGACCGGAACAUCCAACCUCCUUCCGAUCGACCGGGCAUCCUCUAUUCCAUCCUAGUGGGUACCCCUGAGGAUUAUCCACAGUAUUUCCAUAUGAAUCUCACAACAGCUGAACUGACACUCCUCAAGCCAAUAAAUAGGGAUUUACACCAGAAGUUUGACUUGGUUAUUAAGGCUGAACAAGACAAUGGCCACCCCCUUCCUGCCUUUGCCAACCUGCACAUCGAGGUCCUCGAUGAGAACAACCAGAAGCCUUAUUUCACCAGAUCCACCUACGAGGGCUUCAUCCUGGAAUCCUCCCCGGUGGGAACCACCAUCUCAGAUAACCAGAACCUCACUUCUCCACUGCAGGUCGUGGUGCUGGACAACGACGUGGAGGAGACCAAGGAUCCCCAGCUCCAUCUCUUCCUGAACGAUUACAGCACGUUCUUCACUGUGACUCAGAGUGGCAUCACCCGCUACCUCACCCUGCUGCAGCCCCUGGACAGAGAAACCCAGCAGCUCUACACCUUCUCGAUGACAGCUUCUGAUGGAGUCCAGGAGAGUGUCCCAGUGACUGUCAAUAUCCUGGUGAUCGAUGCAAAUGAUAAUUCCCCCACCUUCUCCAACAUCUCUUACAAUGUCAAGAUUUAUACGGAUAUGAGGCCUGGGGAAGGUGUUAUAAAGCUCACAGCUGUAGAUGCGGACGAGGGACCCAAUGGCCAGAUAGUGUAUGAAAUUUUGGCUGGGGAUCAGGGAGACUUCAGCAUCAAUGAGCGAACAGGCCUUGUCACCAUCGCUCCAGGAGUGGUGCUGGCAGUGGGGCGAUCCUACGCUCUCACUGUCAAAGCCUCUGACAGUGCUCCUCCUGCACAGAGAAGGAGCUCCAUCACCACUGUUUACAUCGAGGUCCUGCCACCCAACAACCAGAGCCCUCCCCGCUUUCCCCAGCUGAUGUACAGCCUGGAAGUGAGUGAGGCCAUGAGGAUCGGAGCUGUUCUGUUAAACCUGCAGGCUUUUGAUAGGGAGGGUGACCCCAUAAGAUACCUCAUUCAGAAUGGAGAUCCUCAACAAGUUUUUAAUCUCUCUCAAAGUUCUGGGCUUCUGGCCCUGGGAAAACCCUUGGACAGGGAAAGCACCGACCGCUACAUCCUGAUUGUCACGGCCUCGGACGGCAGACCCGACGGGACCUCAACUGCUACUGUCAAUAUAGUGGUGACAGAUGUGAAUGACAACGGACCAGUUUUUGACAUGUUUCUACCCAAAAACCUCUCUGUGCAGGAGGAGGAAGCCAAUGCUUUUGUUGGUCAAGUUAGGGCUACAGAUGCAGAUGCUGGAGUCAAUGGGCAGGUCCAUUACAGCCUGGCAAACUUCAACAACCUGUUCAGGAUCACGUCCAAUGGCAGCAUUUACACAGCAGUGAAGCUCAACAGAGAAGUGAGGGACUACUACGAGCUCAUCGUUGAGGCCACAGACGGAGCUGCGGAUCCCCGUCGCUCCACGCUCACCUUGGCCAUCAAGGUGCUGGAUAUUGAUGACAACAGUCCUGUGUUUACCAACGCUUCCUACACCGUCUACGUGCCAGAAAAUCUACCCCCAGGCACUGUCUUCCUGAAGAUAGAGGCGAAGGAUGUUGAUCUGGGCUCGGACGUGAACUAUCGGAUCCGCACGGAGGAGGCACGACAGUAUUUUGCACUGAACAGGCACACGGGCGAGUUGUCCCUGCUGAAAUCCUUGGAUUAUGAGUCAUUCUCUGACACAGAAGCCACCUUCACCUUCCUGGUGGAAGCCUUCGACAGCAAGGGCACGAUGCCUCCUGGGCUGGCCACCGUCACCGUGAGGGUCAAGGAUAUGAAUGAUUACUCACCAGUGUUCAGCCAGAAGCUCUACAGGGGGAUGGUUGCUCCCGAUGCCAUCAAGGGCACCGUUAUCACCACGGUUUCAGCUGAGGAUCAGGAUCCCCCGGGCACACCAGCGAGUCGGGUCCGGUACAAAGUGGAUGUUGUCCAAUUCCCUUACAGUGCCAGCAUUUUUGACGUGGAGGAAAACUCAGGACGUGUCGUGACCCGAGUGAACCUCAAUGAGGAGCCCAGCACAGUGUUCAAGCUGGUGGUCAUUGCAUAUGAUGACGGGGACCCGGUGAAGUUCAACACCACGACGGUAGAAAUUGCUGUGCUGCAGCCCUCGGUCAUCCCACGCUUCACACAGGAUGAAUACAGACCCCCCCCAGUGAGUGAAAGUGCCCCCAAAGGAACCGUGGUCGCCGUUGUCACCGCGGCCGCCCUGAACCAGACAGUCGUGUAUUCCAUUGUUUCAGGGAAUGAAGAGGAUGUGUUUGCCAUCAACAACAGAACGGGCGUGAUCUCCAUUAAGAAGGCUCUGGAUUAUGAAAGUGUGACGAGUUACGAGCUCCGGGUCCAGGCAGAUUCCUUGCAAGUGGUGAGAUCCAACCUGCGGGUCCCUUCCAAGAGUAACACAGCCAAGGUGUUUAUCGAGGUGAAGGAUGAAAAUGACCACGUGCCUGUGUUCACCAAAAAAAUGUACAUUGGAGGGGUGUCUGAAGAUGCCAAAAUGUUUUCUUCUGUGCUUAAAGUUAAGGCUGAUGAUAAAGACACUGGGAAUUACAGUGCCAUGCAGUACAGACUCAUCAUUCCCCCCAUCAAGGAUGGCAAAGAAGGUUUUGUGAUUGAAGCUUACACAGGGCUGAUCAAAACUGCAAUGCUCUUCAAAAACAUGAGGAGAUCCUAUUUCAAGUUCCAGGUCAUUGCCACUGACAAUUAUGGAAAAGGACUGAGCAGCAAAGCAGAAGUGCUUGUCUCUGUGGUCAAUCAGUUGGAUAUGCAGGUCAUCGUCUCCAACGUUCCUCCCACCCUCGUGGAGCAAAACAAAGAUCAACUCAUAGGGAUUUUGGAACGCUACAUCCAGGACCAGAUUCCCGGGGCGACGGUGGUGGUGGAGUCCAUCGGGGCCCGGAGGUUUGGGGACGGGUUCUCCGAAGAGGAUUACACCAAGUCCGACCUCAUGGUCUACGCCAUCGACCCGCAGACCAACAGGGCCAUCAUGAGGAACGAACUGUUUAAGUUCCUGGAUGGCAAACUGCUGGAUAUCAACAAGGAGUUCCAGCCCUACCUGGGGCAGGGCGGGCGAAUCCUGGAGAUCCGCACGCCGGACGUGGUGGCCAACGUGAAGAAGCAGGCGCAGGCCGUGGGCUACACGGAGGGAGCGCUGCUGGCCCUGGCUGUGAUCAUCAUCCUGUGCUGCCUGCCAGCCAUCCUCAUCGUCAUGGUCAGCUACAGGCAGAGGCAGGCUGAGUGUGCCAAGACUGCCAGGAUCCAGAUGGCUUUGCCAGCAGGGAAACCAGCCAGUGCCGCUGCCAACAACCUGUACGAGGAGCUUGGAGACAGCACCAUGCGAGGAUAUGCACAGCAAGAGCAACAGCAGUUGCUGAGACCUUCUCUUCUCAGACCAGAGGAGCUGAGUAUGGAGUCUGGAAUUGAUCCAGGGCAGGAAUACUAUGGGCAAGAUUACUACAGUUAUGAGCAUGGGUACGAGCUGCCGCAGUACGGGAGCCGCCGCCGGCUGCUGUCCCCGGCGGGGAUGUACGACGAGUACGGGGAGGUGGUGGUGGAGAGCGACGGCGGCUACUACUACAGUCCCCAUGGACCCACAGCUGAAGAGGGGAUGAGUCAAGUAAGAGGUGCUCCGAGCAGAGGGAUAAGCCAGGCAGCAGGGGCUCAAAUAGCAGCUAGACCUUUAGGUGGUGGGAUGGACCCAAGGCGUGGUCCUGGACCGUACAGGACCAGCCAGGGCAAAAGGAGACUGAAAGCAGUGAUGCAUGUGAGUCGUGUAGCAGUCAGUGCUCACAAACCGGUGGGAAGAGCCGAGUCCGCUCGUUCCCGAUGGAAGAAAGCAAAGAUAUUCCCGAUGAUCCUGCAGAAAGUGAAGGGCAGUAGGAAAGAUUCCAGCUAUGCCAAGCUGAUGUCGGCUCGCCAAGCAGACGGAGACAAAAGCAUGAUCAUCAGGGGAAGCUACUUCCAGAAAUCCACAGAUGACAGACCUUCCAUGAGGAAACUAAAUCAUGUGUUAAAGCGCAUCAGCGUCUCCAGGAAACUUCAGGAGCCCCUUGGCAAGGAUUUGGCACGUAGAGAGGAGGAGUCUGAAAGAGAGGAAGCAAAAUCAGGAGUUUCAAUAAGUAUCACAGCAGAGAGUGAGCAGGAGGACAGUGACUAUGAGAAGAAGAAGAAGAGAAGGAGACACACCUCAGAUGAGUCAUCUGAGAAGAGCAGCAGCUCCGGCUCGGAGUCGGAAGACAAAGACUACUUGAAAAUAACUCUGGACCAAGAUGAAGCCACAGAAAGCACCGUGGACUCGGAUGAAGAAACUGGGCAGGAUUUGGGGGAUUCUGAGGACGACUCUGAGUCCAGCUCCAGCAGUGAAUCGGAGGAGGACUCAUCUGAAGAGGACGAUGACGAGGAAGACUCGGACAGCGAUGAGGAUAGUAGCCUGUCAAAGAGCUCAUCCACACGAAGUUCCUACAGCAGAUCAGGGACCAGCGAGUCCAGCAGCAUCAGAAGCACUGAUAUGUCCAGUAUCAAAAGCAGGGGAAGGAGCUCUCAUGGCAGAGCAAGACGCUCCAGCCAGAAAUCCAGCGGCUCUACUGCAUCAGGCAGUGACAGGGACACGAGCUACAGGAAAACUUCAGGAUCCAGCUACAAGAGCAAAACCUCCUCCGCCAGCGUCGGGAUAGAAGACACCAUAGAAGAGGUGUCAGAAGAAGAGGAAGAAGCAGAUGAGACAGCAGAUAGUGCAAGCAAGGCAGCUUCUAAAACAUCUGCAAAACCUGGAGAGGGCAAGAAAGGGAAAUCAGCUGUCAGUGGUGAGGAGAGCGAGGAGGAGAGCGCAGAAGAGGCUGACACAGAUGGUAGUGACAGGGAGGAAACUCUCAGUAAGAACGAAUCUUCUGGCCUAGAAAGUGAAAUCAGUGGGAUUUCCAAAGGUCCCAAUGUGAAAAGAGUGAAAAAGGGAAAAAAGGUGUCCCAGGAACAGAGUCAGUCUCAGUCAGGUGAGAGCCUGGAGACUGGAUGGGCCAAAAAGAAAAGGAUCAAGUUGAUAGUGGACCCGGAGUACGAGACCAGCUCCACGGGAGAGGACAGCGCUCCCGACUCGGGCCAGAGGAACCGGCUCAGCAACCCCAGCGUGCAGCCCAACGUCAACGGGAACAUCUACAUCGCCCAGAACGGCUCCGUGGUCAGGACCCGGCGCGUCUGCCUCGGCAAUAACUUAAAAGCCACGUCUCCGGCGAGGCUGGGGAAACAGUUCAAGAAACUGGACAAGCUGGCGGUGACGCACGAGGAGAGCGUCCCACUGAACACGUUGUCAAAGGGACCUGCUCCCAGUGACAAAAUGAACACAAGACCUUGCAGUGUCUCCUUUGCUGCCUCUACUAUAGGGGCCGAAAAUAUAGUAACAAAGCCCGGGGGGUCCAAAAUGAAAAGCACAGAAGAGCAGGAAUCAGUUGUUGACCACGAGGAUGUCAAAGAGCCCUUGGAGUCGCACAGUGAACACACACAGUCAGACGAGGAGGAGCUCUGGAUGGGCCCUUGGAACAACCUUCACAUACCAAUGACGAAACUGUGAUUUUAGUUCCUUUUUUUAUUUUCAUUUUUACUUCGGUUUAUAAUAAACUGCGCUUUUUAUUGUCACCCAGGGGAGAUGUCCGAGGUUUGUGUUGUGCACAUCCGUUGUCUACAAACGGCACGCUUUAAACUCUCCAAACACAAUUUGCACUCACAUUUGUACCGAAUAAUUGUCCUCCCCACCAACUCUUUUGACAGGCUCCCAUUUCACUAAACAAUCCUUGGUUUAAAUUAAUGAGUUCUUUUGGAUCCGGAUUUCUUGUUUUAAUAAACAGUAAACUACUAAUAAAUGCACAGCACCAUUUGGUUCACUUUUCAGACAGUUCUAUACCUGCCUAGCUUGUUUUUCUGUAUGGUACUUGUGGCUAUACUGUUUAGAUUUGGAAAUUGUCUAUUUAUGUUCGAGAUUUAUUAUCCAGAGCUCUGCACUCUGAACUCAGAGUAAUAAAUUAAAAAUAAAUCCAUGAAAGUCAA